AUGAGUCACAUUAUCACAGUAAUAGCUCCAAUAAAUAUUGCAGUAAUAAAGUACUGGGGCAAACGCGAUGAAGAGCUGAUAUUACCGUUAAAUGAUUCCGUUAGUGCUACUUUAGAUACGAAUGUUAUGUGCGCUAAAACUUCUGUAUGUGCUCAUCCAGAUCUGACCGAAAAUGAGAUAUGGUUAAAUGGAAUUCAAGCUUCCUUUAAUAAUCAACGACUGCAGAACUGUUUAAACGCAAUUAAAGGUCUAGCCAAAGAAGAAAAAAGUGUUGACGAAAACUUUUUGAAGUGGAGUAUUCGUAUUUGUUCUGAAAAUAAUUUUCCUACUGCCGCAGGAUUAGCAUCGUCUGCAGCAGGAUACGCCUGCUUAGUGACUGCUUUAGCUAAAUUAUAUAAAAUAAAAAAAGAUGUUAGUGCAAUUGCUAGACUUGGAUCUGGAAGUGCUUGUAGAAGUAUGUACGGUGGUUUCGUAAGGUGGCAUGCCGGUACUAACCCUGAUGGAAGUGAUUCAAUAGCUUCUCAAGUAACGGAUCAUUUACAUUGGCCUGAAAUGAGAGUGCUCAUACUUGUGGUUAAAGAUAUAAUGAAGCACACAAGUUCGUCAAAGGGAAUGAAGUUGUCAGUGGAAACUUCAGAAUUACUUAAACAUCGAGUUAAAAAUUGUGUUCCAAAGCGGAUUGAUGAAAUAUGUGAAGCUAUACAAACCAAAAACUUCUCUAAAUUUGCAGAAUUGACAAUGAAAGACAGUAACCAGUUCCAUGCAGUUUGCUUAGACACAUAUCCUCCUUGUGUGUAUAUGACUGAUGUUUCUCACAGAAUAGUAGAUAUUAUUCACAAGUAUAACGAGUUAUCUGGUGAAGUAAAAGUAGCUUAUACAUUUGAUGCAGGGCCAAAUGCAUGUUUGUAUUUAUUAGAAAAAGAUGUGCCAGAUGUAAUUUCUCUUAUAAAGAAAACAUUCCCCUCUUCGAAUAAUGAGUUUAUUAAAGGUUUAGAAAUUCCAAAAAUACAAAAUACAGAGAUUCUUAAAGAAUUUCCAAUACAGCCACUUGAUAUGGAUUUAAUUAAAUAUUUAAUUUAUACUAAAGUUGGAGAUGGCCCAAAAAUGCUGGUAGAUGGCCCUCAUCUAUUAGAUAGCCAAGGCCAAAUACUAAACAGUGUU